UACGUCAGUGAAUUGAUUGUAAAGCAUUAUAAAACUCCAGAGAAAUCAGUUAGGACGAGUUAAAGGUGAGCUGGAUAUGGCAGUUGUAAAGCAUUAUAAAACUUGAUACGAAUUAAAGGUGAGCUGGAUAUGACAGUUGUAAAGCAUUAUAAAACUUCAGAGAAAUCAGGGAGGACACGUUAAAGGGUAUGCAGCAUUAGCUGUAAUCACGCGUGGCUUUGAUUCUUUGUUUUAGACGCUUUUGCUUCUUUGGGAAUUUUGAUAUGGACGUUUACAGUGACCUGGAUAAGAAAUUAACGACUUGUACCAGUUUAUUUCAAACACCGCUUGUUGUUGCUACGUUACAAACAGGAAGUGAUGUUCCCAGAAGGCUGGCGUGUUUUGGUUCCUCGGAGGCAUGGAUCAGUGACAUUGAUGACAUCAUAGAGGGCUGUAGCCUUAAAACAGAAUUCCCGGUCACAAAUAUUCUCAGAACUAAAUCUGGUCGCCGUCCAACAGAUCUUGGGGUUGAUCCCAAAGGUUCGUUGGUCUACUCCGAUCACUUUCGAAGAAAAAUAUAUAAAUGGAAAAACAAGCAAUUUAAAAAAGUGAUAGGUUUCCGGAAAUGGCGGCCUUCGGGGAUAUGCUAUACAUCAACAGGUGAUUUGUUAAUAGGAAUGUCAAACAAGGACUACACCGAGAAAAAGAUAAGGCGGUACAAUCGAGGAACAAUUCGUCAAGAAAUUCAGUUCGACGGUAACGGAAAUCCCUUCUUCAAGUCGGGAGAUCUGGCGAUUUUUGUGGAAGAAAAUAAAAACCAUGAUAUAUGUGUAUCUGACUGCCAAGCCAAUCUUGUCUUAGUUCUGAACAGAUCGGGGUGUUUUCGAUUUAAAUACUCUGGAAGUCACGUGGCGGCCGAAUUCAAUCCAGGAUGUCUUGCGACCGAUUCUUUCUGUAACAUUUUGGUGACGGACACAGGGAACGAUAUGAUUCACGUGCUGGACCUCAAUGGUCAGCUGUUGAAAUUUGUGGACAGUACUUGUGGGGUGACUGGAUUUAACGGAAUUGCAGUAGACUGUGAAGAUCGUGUAUGGGUCAUUGAAUGUCACACAGCUAAAAUCAAAGUUAUCAAUUACCUGGUGUAAAUAAUCAUCUUAUAACGGUUCAUUCAUUCAUUACCAGAGAAAACUAAGUAUGUUUACAAGAACUAAAACAUGUACCUCUCUUCCUCCUUAAUAAACAUCAGUUACAACA